UCACAAUAGACACGAGGCCAUGCAAAUCGCGCCUCCGUGCCGAAUGCCCCACACCUCGCGAAGCACACCCCCUACCCGGCGUGUGUAUAUCAGCCGCGUUUCUCGAGGUGACCCCGCGUCCUCUUCGUUCUCCGCGGCCAGAUAAGCACGUGUGUGCCUCCCGAGUUCACUCCAGUCCGUCCCUGGUCCAUUGACGAAGAGGAUGCUCGCGGCGCUGCUCUGGGCGGCGGGUGCACUCGCCGUGCUCGGCCUGCUCGACCGCCUCCUCUUCAACCAUUGGUUUCGCUUCAAUUGGCGCACUUUGGUUUUCUACGUCUACGUCUCCUUUUGCUCUCUCCUGGCAAUCCCUUUCUUCGCGAUUUUUAACCCUGGAGACUGCAUUAACUCCAAGCGAAUUUCCUAUUUUCUGCGUCUGGCCUCGUACUUGGUGGGCAUCAAGUGGGAGGUACGCGGCCUGGAGACCCUGGGCCAGCGGCGCGGGUGCGUAGCAGUGGCCAACCAUCAGAGUUCGUUCGACGUCCUGGGCAUGUUCUGGUUCUGGCCGUGGUCGUACCGAAUCGCCGCCGUGGCCAAGAAGGAGAUCUUCUACGCGUGGCCGUUCGGCCUGGCCGCCUGGCUGGCCGGCGUCGUCUUCAUCGACCGCAUCAACUCGGAGCGGGCCCGCGGACAGCUGGCCCACGGGGCCCGCCUCAUGGCCAAGGACAACGUCAAGCUGUGGCUCUUCCCCGAGGGCACGCGCAACAAGCGCCGCUGCCUGAUGCCGUUCAAGAAGGGCGCCUUCCACGUGGCCGUCGCCUGCCAGGCGCCCAUCAUGCCAGUCGUUUACUCACCCUAUUACUUCGUCAACCCCCACAACAAAUACCACACCGGUGGAAAGGUAAUUGUGACUGUGUUGCCGUUCAUCGAGACAGCUGGCUUGACCCUGGACGACGUGGACGAACUUAAGGAAAAGGUCCGCCAACAGAUGAUUGAGGCUUACGACAAAAUCGCUGCUGAAAUAAAGGCACAACUGCCGGCAGAUCAUCCCGGGCUAGUCGGCUUUGAUGACAAGAACUGAAUUUUUAAGACUGUGUUAAUGUUAAUAAAAGAGGGUAGAGGCAUUCCUACUCGCUCGUUUGCCGAAAGA